AUGCAGAACAAGUUCCCUACCAUUGAGGAAAUAGCAUAUGAGGAAAUAUACGGCAAAAAGCGUCCACAGAGCAAGCCACACUCCAUAAAAACAGCGCACAAUCUGCGCCAGAGCACAUCGCCGCAUCCCACAAGAUCGUGGUCGGCACUCAACGUACCGCAUCGGCCGCCAAUCAAGCCUUCUAGCACGGUAAGUGCGGUUGAGCGGGCCGCUGGUAUGCACGUGGUCAAGGGGUACGUGAAUGAACGUAACCGACUUAUAAGGGUGCAGCAUGAGAAGGGUGGAGUUAAUUUCUGUGAUUGCGGAUCGGUGAUGGUCUUUGAGGAUUUUGUGCGUGUUAAGAUGUUCUUGGAGAGGUGGGGUGUUAUUAAUUGCAAGGAGGAGUUGCUUGGUGAUGUGAUUGGGGUAGAGCAGCAGAUUGAACGGGCUGUUGGGGGCAGGGCUGAUGAGAAUGAAAGAGGAGUUGGUAGCGAUGGCCAAAAUGGGGAUGAAAGGGGAGUUGGUAGCGAUGGCCAAAAUGGGGAUGACAAUGUCAAGGCUACCGAUGCAAACAGCGAUUUGACCGGCAGCACUGCCAAGGGCACAAAUAAAGAACAAACCGUAGAAAGCAUAAAUAACUUUUUUAAAGAAAACGAUUUCACAGAAAAGAAAAUACCGCCCAUCAAAACAUGCCAGUGCCCCACUACCGAGUCAUCAUACAACCUAAAAGAUACCACCAUAGUGUGUGAAUCGUGCUUAAAAAGGGGGAGGUACCCCGACAGCAUAUCACGUUCAGAUUUUCGUUCACUCCAAGACAUUGAGCCGUACCUCACCGACAUAAGCGAUGAGAAUUUGCUGAGCGGCGUGCGCAGAUACGGUGAUGACUGGCAGAGAGUGGCACAGCAUAUGAAUGUAACGAAGGAGGAGUGCGUGUUACGGUUUUUGAAGAAGGAGUUGGUUGGUGUGAGGGAUGUUGAUGUGGAGGUGCUGAUGAGCAGUGGUAAUCGUAUUAUGAGUGUUGUGAGCUUUUUGUGUAGUUGUGUUGAUGCGCGGGUUGCUGCUGUGUUUGCAAGGAGUGUUAUCUGUGAUUAUGAGAAGGAGAGUGGAGUUGAGAACAGCAGAGAAGAUGGAGCUGAGAACAGCAGAGAAGAUAGAGCUGAGAACAGCAGAGAAGAUGAAGCUGUGAACAGCAGAGAAGAUGGAGUUGAGAACAGCAGAGAAGAUGGAGCUGAGAACAGCAGAGAAGAUAGAGCUGAGAACAGCAGAGAAGAAAAUAAAAACCAUGAAAGUGAUCAUGUAGAUGAAAAUAAUCAGAUAAGCAGUACCAAAUACGUACAUGAUGAACAAAAUGGAACAACCACAGACAAACAAAGCGUAAAACACUCUAUUCUCGUUACGAAUGCCCUUGCAGCAGCACAAGACAAGGCAAAAGAGCUGCUCAUCCUGGAACAGGACAAGAUGAUAAGAUUGGUAGAAGUGAUCUUAGAGGCACAGGUAAAGAAGAUGGAACUAAAGGAGGAAGCGUUCACUGAUCUGAAGGGCAGUUUCAAGAAUGAAAGGAUUGAACUGAUGAAGAUCAGGGAGGGGUACAAGAGUGAGAUUGAGGAGAUUAGGAAGGAAAUAUGAAUUAAUGGCAGUAGCACGGUACUACGUAUUGAAGAUGAAUGUGUGGUACCGAUCUGUGCUGAGAAGUGCAAAUCAUCGUUAACUACGUGCGUAUGCUCUGCAUAUUUGGGAGAAAGGAGGGGUAGGAAAUGUUAAACAACAGCAAAAAUAAUGUUAGAGGAGGAGACCCUUACCAUUAAAGUAUUUGUUAGUGCUAAAAUAAUUAUUUUGGUAAAGAAACGUAUGCUUGGAGCGGUCCGCUUCUUCAUUUCGUUUCUACGGGGUGAUCAGACCGCACAGAAUGCGUACCAUUUUGGUAAUGCUACCUCAUCCCAAAUAAAACGUUCUGUUUACGUCAGAAUUGUUAUUUGUACCAUUCCACUCUCCAUCCACUCUCCAUCCACUCUCCAUCCACUUUCCAUCCACUCUUCAUCCACUCUCCAUCCACUCUUCAUCCACUCUUCAUCC